GACAUUUCCCCUUUCGUCUGAACAUUCAAAACCCUAGCAGAGCAGAGGGCGUCACAGCAACACCACCCGCAGGCUCCCAUCUCAUAUAAACCUUCUUUCCCAAGUUCUUGAUUCGAUCCUUUUCCUCUGUCACCAGAAGGAAGAACAGAGUCGGUUGCAGACUGGGCCCGUGCAUGAGUACCGGUUCGUUGGGUCGGGUUUGAGGAUGUUGUGUUCCAUGGCAAGAAGAUGAAAUUGACGGAAACGGGAGGUGGAUUUGGUUUCGGAGGUUACGGAGAGGGUAGUGGUGGUUCAGCUUUUGCUAAUUCUUCUUCUGCUGCUGCCACAAAUCUCUUCUUCCCUUUAGUUCCUCUGCUGCUGCUGCUGCUUCUGCUCUCACUGAUACUUCAUUCCUCAGUCCCUCUUCUUCCUCCCCAGAUUGUAGAGGAACAAAAAGAGAUAGAGAGAAGAGUAAACUUUAUAACUGGUGGAGCCUGGAUUAUUGGUUAUAAAGCAUGGGGCUCCCUUUUAGGUCAACAGUUAACUGAGAAAGGCAUCAUAGUGGCAUGCAUUGACUAUAGAAAUUUUCCUCAAGGCACCAUUAGUGAUAUGGUCACAGAUGCUUUACAAGGUAUCUCAUUUGUAUGCAACCAUAUCACCGAAUAUGGUGGUGACCCAAACAGAAUAUACGUAAUGGGACAGUCAGCUGGUGCACACGUUGCUGCUUGUGCACUGAUGGAGCAAGCAAUUAAAGAGUCUGCUGAAGGAGAGAGCACUUCCUGGAGUCUCUCACAGAUAAAAGCUUAUUUUGGAUUAUCAGGAGGAUGACGAGCUCGUCGGGAGUGGCGAGUAUCGGCCCAAGAAGGAGAUUGCGAUCAAGUUUCCCUGAAGCAACAGCACCAAUGCAACAAUGGAGGCUGCCAUUUGCAUCCCUCUCAGAAGCCCAACAGAACAGAAACAGAGGAUGGAGAGGAAAGCGUUGAUGAAAAUCUGAGAUGAGCUGCCACUAUAAAUAAGGAAUCACAUCCCCAUGUGAAUGUAUGAUCCCUCUCCCUCUCUGUCUCUCUUGCAAGUAGAGAAAAUUGAUGAAAUACAUUAAUUGAGCUUAAUUAUAUUAUUUCUAGUUGGAUUAUACAAUUCCACAUUUGCAUUUCA